AAUUAUUAAAUGCCCAUGUUCCCUGUAAGGCAGCAUUUAAUCAUGAGGCACUCCAAAGAAUAUGAGAUAGAAGGGGAGGGUGGGAGGAGGGGAGGGUGGGAAGACAGUUUGCAUUCUUGCAAUAGUAAACCAAAGGGACUUGGAGUGCAGAUGGCAUCCUUCGGUUCUUCCAGACAAGCUGCAAGAUGCUGACCAUGGCCAAGAUGGAGUUCGCGAAGGCCUUCUCUAGCCAGCGGACACGCCUAUCUGCCAUCCUCAGCAUGCUAUCACUCAGCUUCUCGACAAUAUCCCUGUUCAGCAACUACUGGUUUGUGGGAACACAGAAGGUGCCCAAGCCCCUGUGCGAGAAAGAUCUGGCAGCCAAGUGCUUUGACAUGCCAGUGUCCCUGGAUGGAGACGUCGCCAACACAUCCACCCAGGAGGUGGUACCAUACAACUGGGAGACCGGGGAUGACCGCUUCUCCUUCCGGAGCUUCCGGAGUGGCAUGUGGCUAUCCUGUGAGGAAAUUGUGGAAGAACCAGGGGAGAGGUGCCGAAGUUUCAUUGAACUCACACCACCAACCGAGAGAGGUGAGAAAGGACUACUGGAAUUUGCCACGUUGCAAGGCCCAUGUCACCCCACUCUCCGAUUUGGAGGGAAGCGGUUGAUGGAGAAGGCUUCCCUCCCCUACCCUCCCUUGGGGCUUUGUGGCAAAAAUCCUUUGGUUAUCCCUGGGAACGCAGAUCACCUACAUCGGACUUCAAUUCAUCAGCUUCCUCCUGCUACUAACGGACUUGCUACUCACUGGGAACCCUGCCUGUGGGCUCAAACUGAGCGCCUUUGCUGCUGUUUCCUCUGUCCUGUCAGGUCUCUUGGGAAUGGUGGCCCACAUGAUGUAUUCACAAGUCUUCCAGGCAACUGCCAACUUGGGUCCAGAAGACUGGAGACCACAUGUUUGGAAUUAUGGCUGGGCCUUCUACAUGGCCUGGCUUUCCUUCACCUGCUGCAUGGCGUCGGCUGUCACCACCUUCAACACGUACACCAGGAUGGUGCUGGAGUUCAAGAGCAAGCAUAGUAAGAGCUUCAAGGAAAACCCGAACUGCCUACCGCAUCACCACCAGUGUUUCCCUCGGCGGCUGUCAUGUGCAGCCCCCACCAUGGGUCCUUUGACCGGCUACCACCAAUAUCAUAAUCAGCCCAUCCACUCUGUCUCUGAAGGAGUCGACUUCUACUCGGAGCUGCGGAACAAGGGAUUUCCACGAGGGGCCAGCCAGGAGCUGAAAGAAGCGGUUAGGUCAUCUGUAGAGGAAGAGCAGUGUUAGGAGUUAAGUGGGUUUGCGAAGUAGGCUUGAGCCCCAGCUUACAUGUCUACUGAUUAUCAACAUGUGCUUAAGCCAAUGUCCGUCUCUUGAGCAUGGUUUUUAGAGGCUAGAAAUAAGGGUUAUCUUUAAGUCUUAAGGGAUGCUUGGGUGCCACUGCUGUCUUUUCCUCUGCAGCUCGUUUCACCCACCCCACAUUUCACGCAUCCAGGAAUUCUCUCCUCUCCUUUAUUGACAGCUUUUGCACCAGGUUCUGGGCUAAACCAUGGAGAUAAAAAGAGGGGUAGAAUACACCUCCUGACCUUAAAGGUUUGAUAAAUCUAGUUAUCCCCCUGGAAAUUGAAGAAAUGGAGGUGACCAAGUUAACGGUAGCGUGACUGUGGCUCAGCUUUCCAUGGUACACAUGAAUUGUUCUGGAAGUCACAGACAGGAAGACAGAAGCACCCCUGAGUGCUUUCCCAUGUCGCACAGAGGUUUUCCACACUGCCUGGGGCAGUGUCCUGCAUCCACACAGUAGGUACCCAGUAAAAGUGUUAUUAAAUAUUGUCCCAGGA